AUGGCUAACUUAAAAUUUUAUCCCGCCACCACUGUCACUAAUAUCGAAACAGCCAUCCCCAUCACUCUUGAUCUCAAAAGAGGCCAAUACAACAACUGGGCAACUCUCUUCAAGCUCCAUGCCCUUGCCCACCUCGUUCUUGACCACAUCAUCCCUCCUACGGAAGCCGCCACCACCAUGACGGAUGCCAAAACAUCAACUUGCAAGAGGAUUGAUGCCUUUGUCACGCAAUGGAUUUAUAGUACAGUUUCUUCAGAUAUUCUCAACACUAUCAUUAUUCUGGAAGAUGAGGCAAAAGAUGCCUGGAACCGUGUAGCAGAAUUGUUCCAAGAUAACAAGAAUACGAGAGCCGUUCACCUUGAAACCCAAUUUACCAACACUCACCUUCGGGAUUUUCCAAAUGUUGUUGCCUAUUGCCAGCGACUUAAAGUGCUGGCAGAUCAAUUAGAAAAUAUUAGCGCAAAAGUGUCUGACGAUCUCAUGGUUCUCAAAAUGAUUCAUGGAUUAAAAGAGGCUUACGCGGGGUUCGUAACCAUCAUUCAACACCGCGGUCCUCUUCCCACCUUUGCGCAAGCCCGUUCGAUGCUUUCAUUAGAAGAAGAAAGCAUGAAACAACGUGCUACUCUUGAAUCAGGUGCAGAUUCUACUUUGCUUAUUAAUUCCAAUAAUAAUCUUGUUUCUGGUGAUAAUAAUUCCAAACAGCUUCAAGAAAAUAAAAAUGAGAAUAGUAAUUCCAUAAGCCAAAAUCAUGGUGGGUGUGGAUGGCGGCCCAGCAACUAUUACGGUAGUCGUGGUGGCCUUGGAAAUCGUGGUGGAUCUUGUGGUAGGGGACAAAAGCAACAUUCAGCAGCGUCAUAG